UCAUUUCUGAAUUCAUAAUACAGAAAUAUGUGAAAAAUUUGAUUCAAAUAUAAAACAUUUUGUAGAGAGAUGGAAAUAACGGGAUUAUGGUUGAUUUUAACAAGAUGAAUGUUGUCAUCAAAAUGUGAGGGAAAUCGAUUUACAUCAUAAGCAAAUAGAAAAUGAAUGUAGUCAGCAUUGACAAGCAAGUAGUCUAUUUAUGACUUCUUUGGCUACCAGAACGUGCCAAUGAAAACUGCAUGAAAUAUAUUAUGGCAUAUUAUGGAACUGUACUGUGUAAAAAAAGACGACAGUUCCUACUUGACAAAGGAAAAUCUUAACAUUAACACUGAUGUGCGUAUAGUUGAAAUGAAAGUGGCUGAAAAACUCUUUUUCCCUACGUAAAGUAAGAAAAAUAUAAGACAUAAAAAUCAUUCUCAGACCCACUGCAUGACGAAAAUACCGCUGACUGAUGAACAAUGCAAAAAGAAAAGAUGUACGUUGAGUUUAAGUUAAAAUUUGUCUGUCGCGGUUCAAGAUACACCAUUACGUUCAGCUCUGUCUAACGAGGAUGAUAUGGCGAAGACGGUUACGGCAACGAAUUUUCACUUUAUAGCAAUCUCUGGCGUUACCUCCUUACUUCGAGAACUUCGGAUGUCAUCCCGAAAUUAAGAGUGCAUCAAGAAGAGGAAAAUUAAAAUAUUGGUAUUGUGGUUGUUUUAAACAGGAUGGAAAGUGUCAUUGAAAUGAGAGGUAAAUCAUUUUACAUCAUAAACAAAAAGAAAUUGAACGUAUUCUUAGUCAACAUUGACAAGCAAGGAGUCUGUUUACGGCUUUACAUGCUACCAGCAUACGAUAAUAAAACAUUGCAGCAAAUAUGUCAUGGCAGAUCAUGGAACUGUACUGCGUAAAACAAACAGCAUUUCCUACGUUACACGUCAGGAAAAACAUUAACAUUAACACUAGUGUGCAAAUAGUCGAGACAGAAGUCGCUGAAAAACGACGACGAUAAACUCCAAAUUUGACCAACUUUGGCCAUUAUGCCUUAAAUGCAAGAAAAUAAGACAUUUUAGAAGAAAUUGUCCGUCAGAUUUUAACUAUGCGCACAUCUAGUGUUGUCGAAAAGCAAACGGAGCAGACAAAUGCAGAGAGGCAAACAGAAAACCUAUGUCAUCAAGAUGUAGAUUAGAAAAAAAAUGAAAAUGUGAAUGAAAUAGGAUGAUGAGAAACUUGAUGAAAGCUAAUUGAUUGAGUGUGACUCUUGGGAGAAAGAAGGCAUUGGUGAUGAAAUGGACUCGGACUCGCGAGUACAGGAGAGAGCAAAAUCGGAAAAUAGUCGGGCAAAUGAUUCCUCUUCGAACUGUUCACCGUACUCGAUGGGGCGUCUGACGACUUAGAAGAUGAUGAUACUCGAAACACGCUCGGGUUUCUUGGCGGGAUCUUAGACGGACUGUGUGACCUUCAAAAAUGUUAAUUAAUAUGCUGGGGUUCGCAACUGUAUACACAUAUUUUGUACUGACACAAAAAGAUAAGGAUUUUAAAAAAAAGCUUCGGUCUGCGUAGGAUUAACAACAAAACCCUUGCGAAACAGUUAGCCAAGUACUAUGGUUGCUGACCCUGUUAAUAUCAAAGACCGGGAUGUAACAGCACCUGACGGUGGAAGAGGCUGGGUUGUGGUGUUUGCAGCACUUGUUUUUAGUAUCAUUUAUGACGGAUGUAGUAAUGCGUUUGGAAUCCUCUACAUACAAAUUUUAGAAGGGUUCAAUGAAACAAAAAGUAAUACAGCUUGGACUGGCUCCUUGUUUUUCUCUAUGCCAUUAUUGCUCGCUCCAACAGCAGGAAUAAUAACAGCAAACAUUGGUCCCCGUCUAGCAACGAUGUUGGGAGGACUGAUUGUAACAGUUGGUUUUGCAAUUGGGUCAUGUUCUACUUCCAUUCCUAUGUUAGUUAUAUUCUAUGGAUUAUUCGGUGGAAUCGGAAUGUCCUUACCUUACUUUAGCACAUUCCAGAUUGUGACAGAUUAUUUCGAUGAAAAACUCGCUCUUGCUUUUGGUAUAGCGGAGUGUGGUGCUGGUCUCGGAACAGUAAUAUUUGCUCCGUUAACAGAGUAUUUCAUCUCAACGUAUGGAUGGAGAGGUGCUCUCUUAGUAAUAAGUGGAUUAGUUUCAAACAUCAUUGUCUGUGGUGCUUUGUUUUGUCCAGUAAAGCAAAAUAAAAGUAUUACCGCUUUUAAUAAAUGUAGCUUAUCGUAUUUCCCAUUACGUUGCUGUUUAAACUCACUGGCUGCAAAAGAUAUUAAGAUUCAUUCUGUCCCAGAUGUACCGACUGGUGAAAAAACUCCAUUACAUGCCAAAGAACGACCCCUGACGUACUUAUCUCAGUUGAAAAGCAUAAAAUUUCUAAUGUUUGCUCUUUCAAAUUUUGUUAUGUACUUCUGGUAUGAUGUACCUUACAUGUUCAUAGUUUCUAACACUGUGGACAUAGGGAUAAGUAUCCAGAAAUCAAGUUACCUGCUUUCAAUUAUCGGAAUUGUCCAUUUCUUUGGCAUAAUUGGAUACGGCGUCCUAUGUAACCGGAAGUGCGUUAACGGAGCGGUGGUUUAUGGGAUAUCUACAGGAUUGUGCGGCGUAGCUAUUUUACUUGUGCCUGUAUUUCAGGAGUUCAUUCCUCUUGCAAUUUUGUCAGGAUGUUUUGGAUUAUUUUCUGCACCACAGGAAGUUCUCCUGACGUGUAUUUUGAUAGAUAUAGUUGGAAAAACGGCGUUUGACAACUUCUUUUGCGGAUUCAUCCUCUUCAUGCAAGGUAUUGCAAAUCUUCUAGGACCACCAUUUGCCGAUAGGUGUUAA